AUGAGAAUCUCUUCAAUUCUAUCUGCUUGCGCGGCAGUUUCUGUCGCAACUGCUGCAUUUAGUAGCUACGCAAAGCCAUCGAACAAUGUAUUCUCAAUCGAUGGCGAGGCCCAAUACUUCGCAGGCACCAAUACCUAUUGGAUUGGGUUUCUGACUAACAAUUCCGAUGUUGACAUUGUCAUGACCCACCUGGCAGCGAGCAAGUUGAAAGUUCUCCGUGUUUGGGGCUUCAACGACGUAACUUCCACACCUAGUUCCGGAACCGUCUGGUAUCAAUCAUUUAUCAAUGGCUCAGAUCCUGUGAUCAACACAGGAAGCGAUGGACUUGAACGCCUCGACUACGUCGUACAAUCUGCUGAAGCUCAUAACAUCAGUCUGAUCAUCAACUUUGUCAACAAUUGGAGUGAUUAUGGCGGCAUGGCUGCAUACGUCAGCUACUAUGGUCUCUCAGCUAACACUGCAUGGUAUACUUCCACUGCUGCUCAAGCUCAGUAUCAGAAAUAUAUUGCUGCUGUUGUGGCUCGAUACAAGACAUCGAAGAACAUCUUUGCCUGGGAACUUGCAAAUGAACCGCGUUGCAGUGGCUGUGAUACAUCUGUGAUUACAAGUUGGGUCAAUACAACUUCAGCGUACAUCAAGGGAUUAGAUCCAAACCACAUGGUCGCCAUUGGCGAUGAAGGAUUUGGUCUCAGCGGCGGCGCUAGUGGCGACUAUGUAUACAGCUCCGGCGAAGGAGAAAGUUUCCAUGACAACCUCGCCCUUUCCACCAUCGACUUCGGCACCUACCACCUGUAUCCCUCUUCAUGGGGAGAAAAUGACACGUGGGCUCAGCAAUGGAUCCAAAACCACGCCGACGUUGGCACCGCCCUUGGCAAGCCAGUAAUCCUCGAGGAGUACGGGCCAACUAACCACACGGUGGAUCUAACAUGGCAGCAAUGGGUGCUGAGUACCCAGACGGCGGGGGAUAUGUAUUGGCAGUAUGGAGACACGCUCUCUGGGGGCAGACGGCUAAUGAUGGGAAUACGAUCUAUUAUGGGACUACUGAGUUUGAUACUCUGA